AGAGCUCCAUCCCUGUUCGGAGGAAGGGAGGGGAGGAACAGGGCUUCUGCUGUUGCUGCUUGCAUGCUCGGAGGCUGUUUGGGGAUGCAGCCAGAGAGACUCAUUCAUCUGUUCAUACCAUCCAUGGCCCUGCUGCUUCCCAGUUCACAGGCCCAAAGUUGGACUAUUUCUUUUCAGUCACUCCUGGUACCACAUGGCGUUAUUGGAGUACUGCAGCCCUGCAGCUACUGUCACUGAGAGCCGUCACAGCUUCAAAUCAGGUGGUGUACUUGUUCUUCAGCUGAGACUGCAGCAGAGACGCACAAGAGAGCAGCUGGCAGAGCAGGGCAUCAUGCCGCCCCUCAAGAGCCCAGCUGCUUUCCAUGGGCAGAUCAGGAGUUUGGAACGUGCUAGGACAGAAAAUUUCCUAAAGCACAAAAUACGGAGCAGGCCAGAACGAUCCGAGCUAGUAAGAAUGCACAUCUUGGAGGAGACUCUUGCAGAACCCUCUCUGCAAGCUACACAGAUGAAAUUGAAGCGGGCACGGUUAGCAGAUGACUUGAAUGAGAAGAUUGCUCAGAGGCCUGGGCCCAUGGAACUGGUUGAAAAGAAUAUUUUACCUGUGGACUCCAGUGUUAAGGAAGCCAUAAUAGUUGGACAGGUGAAUUACCCCAAAACACUGGAUGCAUUUUCCUUUGAUGAAGACAGCAGUGAUGCCUUAUCUCCAGAACAGCCAGCUAGCCAGGAUUCCCAGGGAUCAUCAGCUUCACCAGGGGAGCCCAAGAUGAACGAAUCAUCAUCACCGGUCCCAAACACUACCAUACAGUACCACCCAGUAGCAACUCCUGCUCCUGAGUUUCUGAAGGUUUCAUCUGCUCUCCCCUCUGAACCUCAGACACCUUACUCCUCUUCCUCUCCCACUAUCAACAGCAGUACUGUCUCUUCAGUAAAGCCUGGACCAACACUUGUGAAGCAAAGUCAGCCUAAGACUCCUAAUGACAGGCAGAGAAGCAAGAAAUCUAAGGAUCCCAAGCCUCGGGUUCGGAAGCUGAAGUAUCAUCAGUACAUUCCUCCAGAUCAAAAGGAGGAGAAGAAUGAAAUUCCAAUGGACACAAACUAUGCCCGCCUUCUGCAACAACAACAGCUCUUCUUGCAACUGCAGAUUCUCAGUCAACGACAGCACUACAACUAUCAAGCUAUCCUACCUGCACCACUCAAACCUCCUAAUGACACUUCAAGUAGUGGAACCACUGUCAUGAGCACUAUGUCCAGCAGCACACCAACAUCAGUAUCGUCAGGGACUGGAAGCUCCAAUAAAGUGACCAGUAACACUCCAAACAGAAAACCAGGACCUCUGCCAUCUAACCUGGAUGACAUGAAGGUGGCAGAACUGAAAAUAGAAUUAAAGUUAAGGGGGCUGCCAGUGUCAGGCACUAAAACAGACCUCAUUGAGCGCCUGAAACAUUGCCAAAGCUGUAACAACAGUGGUAAUGGGAUGAAUACAGUGAUUUCUGUUCCAGUCUCCUCUGCUGCAGCUGUUGUUAACAGUAGCACUGGAGAAUUAACUGUUGCAUUUCCUGUUACCACUUUAAACACUGCUGUGGUCACCACUGGAACCAAUUUGGCCACAGAAUCCCCAAUUUCCACUCCUACCAGCAACUUAGUACAGAUGGAAAACAUAAACAUCUCUUCACCUCCUAUCUCACCUUCCCCAUCUGAAAACUCUGUUCUCAGUAUGGAUGACACUAGUAUGUCUGACAGAUUUUCUGUUUUGGUAUCUCCUUCACAACUUCUGAGCUCAUCCCCUCAAAGAAUGAAUGUUAAUGAAAAUAGCAUUAGCACAAGUCCUGGAAGUCAUCAGAGUGGCAUGUUUACUGCUGUUGAGAAAGACCUUAAGCUUCAGGAAAAGGAGCGACAGAUUGAAGAGUUGAAAAGAAAACUGGAACAGGAGCAGAAACUUGUGGAAGAACUGAAACAACAGUUGGAGGUAGAGAAGCGCAGUCAGCAGCAACACCAAGCUUUGAACUCUGUAUCCUCUGGACUAGAUCAAAAGCACUUCAGCCUCCCUGUUAAAGAUGAAAACUCUACUUCAAACUGCUCCUGCUCAAGGCAGCCAGUGACCACAGCCAGCUUGAAUUUUGGAACAGCUGUUGUAACUAGUGGAAUAUCCGAUUCUGUUGUCAAAAAUACUGUGGUUAAGCAGGAAAAGCUACUGGGCCAAGUUGAACCUCAGAAUGUUGUUAGCAAGUUUUAUAUGAGCCCACAAGGACAGUCCCAGACUACAGUCAUUACUCCAUCUCAGGCCAUACUGACUUCUCCAUCUGGGACACCAGUUCUGCUCCCAGUCUCUAUCCAAACACACAGUGGGUCAUCCUCUGUACAGGUACAACCAGGAAACAUCAAACUGCAGGUUUUUCCAUCUGCUGCUACGUCAAAUGCUAUUUUCCCUUUUCAAACCCAGACUACUACAAUGGCACAGCAACUCAGUAACAGUUCAGGCAGCACUGUACUUCAAUCCACAACCAGUCCUGCUCCCUCACUACCAAAUGGACCCAGCCUCCCACUUAAGCCAAGUUCUCCUUCACAGUUACAGCAACAGUACAGCUUGCCACAGCCUGGUUACAGCAGUGUGCCUUCUAAGACAAAAGACCCUCCACGAUAUGAGGAUGCAGUGAAGCAGUCUCGCAGCAUGCAGUUAUCACAGCAAGAGGAGACCAACAUACAUAGCCAGCAGAUGGACGAUUUGUUUGAUAUUCUCAUUGAGAGCGGAGAGAUCUCUCCUCUUAUUAAAGAAGAAACCCCUCCAAUUGCCAAGAUGAGGCCAGUCACAGCUAGCAUUACUACAAUGCCGGUGAACACAGUUGUGUCUCGACCACCACCACAAAUUCGAAUGGCACCUCCUUCAGUGUCACAGGAACCUGUAACCAAGCUAACCAUUACCCCAGAAAACCAAUUGGAGGCCUUUCUUGAUGGCACAUUAUCUGCUGGGAAUCAUGUUCCUCAACUAUCUAUCAGUCAAGAGGAGACAGACUCACUUUGUUUGAUUGAGGACUUCCAGAGUGAUCUGCUUAAUCCAUCCAGUGUACUGGAUCCACCACAUUCACCUAUGGACACAUCUGACUUGCACUUCACAGCUGACAGCUGUUUGACCCUUGAUCUCCAUGAUACUAAUUUGGACAGCAUGGAGUGGUUGGACAUUUCUGUGCCUAGUUCUUCAACAGGCUUCACACUUGGCUCUUCUACCCACAAUGUGUUCUGUAGUGACUUUGAUCCUCAAGAUCUGCAGCUGCAGUGGGACUAGUUGACCAAUUCCUUUAUUUGGAAAGAUGCCUUCACUGAACUGUUGUGAUGGAGUCAUUUCUCAGAAAAUUCCUCAGAUCUUCACUAGUGGGCACUGAUACAUUAACUUUGUGAAAGACAUGAAGAAGUAUCCAUAUGGGUUUCCUAGCCUUUAUUCUCAUAAUGGGCCGAGACUUUUUCUUAAUAUAUAUAUAUAUAUAUAUAUAUAUAUAUAUAUAUAUAUAUAUAUGUGUGUGUGUGUAUAGAAAGAGCGAGAGAAAGAGAAACAGCGAGGGAAAAAAAAAGAAUAACCAGUGUCCUCUGUUAGGAAGGCAUCAUGUGGAAAUCUGGAAAAAUGCACAAAAUGACAGCUGGCUUCCUUCAUGGUAUUGGAAUAUAUGCCCCAACUUUCUGAUGAUUUAGAGCUUCUAGAAUUCCUAAAACAGGACUCUUUGAAAGCAUAUUUCCACAUUAAUGGUUUACCACACAGUGCUACGAGCAAUCAAUUUAGGGAAAGGUGAACACUGUAAAUUUUUGCUACAUGACUGUUGUUAUAAGUAGCCUGAGCCAGGAUACACUGGGA